CACAAAUUCAUUGAUUAAUAAGAUAAAAACAAGAGAAAAUACCUCCAAAUAAGACCAGGUUGUUGCUUAAAUUCCCAAAUAGGAGUAAGUAUAAUUUUAUUCCCUAAAUGGGACCUUUCUUCCAAUUUUACCCCUCCAAUUCAUUUCAACCCUUAGGUCCCUCAUAUCAUUCGUCGCUCGCAUCUAUAGCUUCGACGGCAAGGGAGCAGUGAGUGUCGACUAGAAUCACCGCCGAGCAAAGAGCGUCGGCUAAAAUCGCCGCCGAGCAGCGGCAGCGAGUGCCGGAGAGCAGUGGUAGCGAGAUUCGGGUCUCUCUUUCUUGCACUCCUCCGAUUUUCAAAUUUUUUCAUCUAAAUCUGGUGCGUUUGGUGUUGGUCAUGGGUCUUCUUCUCUCUUCUUUGGAUCCAUGUUCUCUGUUUGUGUUUUUCUUUUGUUAUAUACAUAAGAAUUUGUUUGAGCUCUUACUAUAGCUUUCUCUUCUUCUUCCUCAUGUUUCAGUUUUGAAAAUUGCUAUGUUUGUCAAUAAUGGUGAAAUAAAACUGGCGUGGUUUACUUGUUGCCACAAUUGCCAUUUUUUUUAAAUGCCAUAAAAAUGGCAUUUUAACUCUUUAAAAUUUUCAUAUUUUUCUUUGAAAAUGUCAUUAAUAUGGCUUUCUCGAUUCAUGUUGGCAUUUUCAUAAAAAUGUUGGCAUCAAGGGUGGCGUCCAUUAGAUCUGCCGUAGUGGCUGCCGGAUAUGUGGUGGAGGCUGUCGGAUCGGAAGUGUCGGCGGUUGGAUAUGCAGGGGUGGCAGUCGGUGGCAGGCGGAGGCCAGAUCUGACCCGAUCUAGGGAGGCGGAGGCCAGAUCUACGGCAGCGGCAAUCAAAUCAGCACCGGCGGCUAGUUUUGAGGUUGCAGUCGGCGGCGGUCGGAGGCCGGAGGUGGCCGGUCCGGCAGUCUGUCGAUAGCACUUUUAUUUGUUAAGCUUCAGGGUAUUUCUGUCAACCUACAAAUAAUAACUCCUAUUUGAAGAAUUUUAAAAUUUUAGUCCUUUUUUGGUAAUUAAGAAUUUAAUUACUCCCAUUUAGGUAAAUACCUCUAAAAACAAUGUGAUUGGGUAUUUGUACAAAGCUUUUAAUUAAGAUAAUAAAAAUAAAUUGACAAAUUGUUACACUCCGUAAGCAGUGGCGGAUGUGUUUGGUUUAGGGGUGUUCAUGUGAACACCCAAAAAAUUGAAAAGGGGAAAGUUCUCAAAAUAGGACUAAAACAGUUUGAAAAUUUCAAAAUAGGACUGUCAUGUUUUUUAUUCCCAAAAUAAAACUAAUUACUGCAAUGUUUAGAAAAUACUGUCAUGUUUGAAGUCAGGUACUGCUAAAACAUAGCAGUAAUUAGUCCUAUUUUGGGAACAAAAACAUGGUAGUCCUAUUUUGGAAUUUUCAAACUGUUUAGUCUUAUUUCGGAUAAUAUUCUCUUUGAAAAAUAAACACAAAAAUACAUGUUAAAAAUUUAUGUAUUCCCUUCGUCCCUUAUAACUUUGUCAUCUUUCUUUUUUUGGAUGUCCCAAAAACUGUGACACUUUCUCUUUUAAUCAAUGAAUUUGUGGUUCCUGUUAUUUACCUCUCAUCUGUACAUAUCUAAACCACAAAAUUUUUACUUUAUUAUUUCCCGUGUUGCUCAAAUAGGACAAAGUAUUGAGGAACGAUGGAGUAUGUAAUUUAAUUUUAUGUAAUAUUUUAAUAGUAAAAUAUUUUUGAACAUCCAAAAUUUAGUAAGAAGAUCCGCCAAAAUGGUUCCAACUUCCAAAACUGUACCAACAAUAUAGGACGUAUAAUUAAUUUUGUUAUAUGACCAUACUGACAAUCGUUAAACGAAUUGUUUGCUCUUUGAUUGCAAAUUCUAACGCAUUUUUAGCGUUUUUUUUCUUUAACGCUCAUUUGUAUAUUGAGGUUCUCUUAAAGCUAUUGAUGUUGAAAUAAAUCUAAGAAAUAAUUCGUUUACCUUGAUCUUCAUAUUGGAAUUAUCUAAAAAAUAAUUGAGCGGAAGCAUACCUGACUCCAUUGGAGAUCCGGGAGAUGGAGGCUAGGAUUUGCGUCUUCUAGUUGACACACAUCCUCAGAAAUUAUCUCUCUAGCGAUAGGAUGCAGAAAGACGGAAUGAUGUGCUCAACUAGGGACCAUAACUCCUCUAUAUAUAGAGAAUGUUUAACCCUAAUCAGCUCAUCAUUAAUUACGUUAAGCCUAUGGAUUUCUACACAUUUGAGCCUUGUACCUUAUUACCUAAUCAGCUCACUUAAAUUAGUAUCCAUAGGACCACUAAUUAUUGGGCCUAUAUAUAAGAUAGCGUAUACGAGUAACAUACAAUAAUAUUUUAUGAAUAUCACAUGUACUAUAAGUUCAAUAAUCUAACAAUCUCCCAAGAAUACUGCACAAGAAUGUCUCACUUCGUCAAAGAUGGCCCCUAAAUUUAUACUGAGGCAACGUUUUCUUUUUACCAUUUUUUAACUUCAUGAUAAACAUUGUAGUACUUCCUCUGUCCCAGAAUUUACUUUCAUAGUACAAAUGGCACACGAAUUAAGAAAGUAUGAAUUGUGUGGUGGAGAGUUGUGCAGAGGAGAAAGAAAUGUGUAAGAAUGUGUAAAAAUUGUUGUGAAUCACAAAUUCUUUACCAAAAAAAGAAAGAUAAGUUCUUUUUGGAACAGACGAAAAGAGAAGUAAAUUAUUGGAAGGAGGGGGUAAAAGAAAACGAUUCCUACAAAGUGAAUGCAGAAUACUCUGACUAGGUAGAAAGGGAAUCUCUAUAAGUAGAGGUAGAUUCCUUUAAGGACUUUGUUGUUUUUUGCGGAUUCUUCACGUCAGAAAAGGAAUCUAGUUGAGGAGGAAUAUUCCCGUUGGCUUUGUUUUAAUCUAAUUAACUUUUGGGUCAGAGUGGAAAACCUAUACGCAUGCAUGUCUACAAGGAUUUGAAGUAGCAAAUUUGCUUCCGGUUGUGCUUGUGCAGUUGUGCUUGUUGGAUCACACUUAUUACAUGCACACAAAUUGUUUAUAAAAUCUCACAUUUCAUACAGUUCUAU